GUAAAUCGUGUGCAUUCAUGAUCAUUUUCGUUUCCUUACACGUAUGUCCUUAAACUGUGACGUUUUUCCGCAAGCCGUGACAAGGUGAUAUUUUAAUGCAUGAGCGUAGGAAACCUUAAUAGAAACAAAGCUUAUGAUCAUUCAACGCACGUAUUCUAUACUGUUUUACAGAAUAUAAAAAAGGCGAAGCACAAUUAAAAAACACUUUCAGUGAGUUUCAACAAUAUCAACAAGGAAACGUUGUGUUAUUCAAUCCAACAACUGUCACGCUUUCCCUUACGACACAGAAUUAUACGUAACCUUUGAGAGUGUCAUGGCCGCUCCAGGUGCGUGAAUUAAUUGUUUAGUUGCUUUGCUGAUUCAUUUUCCACAAAUCACUUUGGAGAGGAAAUGGAGCUUGGUUUUCCAAUAGAUGUUAUACUGUUCUUUACAUCUGCUAUUUUCGGAUUUGUUGUCUACUCCAUCUACUUUCGACCGAAGGAAUCACUUCAAACUUACAAGGUGGUUUCGAAACGGUUCAGAGGUUCCACUUUGUGUAAGACUCUCGGCCUGAAUGAAUUUCACGCUAUUAAGGACAGAUUUUCAUCGGUGAAAGAAGUUUCAAGUGCAAUUAAAAAAGCUGGUUUAGAGUCGAGCAAUCUUAUUAUUGGUAUUGAUUUCACGGCGAGUAACGAAUGGCAAGGAAGAAAAAGCUUCGGUGGACGGUCAUUGCAUCACGUUUUCAACAACACCAAAAGGUUGAACCCCUACCAGCGUGUUGUGCAAGUUAUAACCAAAACACUCGAACCGUUUGACGGAGACAAGCUAAUUCCAGCAUUCGGAUUCGGUGAUUCCGUGACUAAAGGUCAUAGCGUGUUUAGUUUCAACGAGGACGGCACUCCGUGCCAAGGGCUGUGCGAUGUUUUGAAACAGUACACCGAUGUUGUUGGCCGAGUAUCUCUAAGUGGUCCGACUUCAUUUGCGCCGAUCAUCAACAAAGCUAUAGAGAUCGUCAAGCAGGAUAAAUCAUACAACAUUUUGGUGAUAGUAGCUGAUGGUCAGGUUGUAGAGGAACACGAACGUAGCACAAGGGAAGCGAUUGUAGAGGCGUCGUAUUUUCCACUUUCGAUCAUUGUUGUUGGAGUAGGAGACGGUCCAUGGGAUCGUAUGCAUGAGUAUGACGAUAUGUUGCCGCAAAGACGGUUCGACAAUUUUCAGUUUGUUGAAUACGAGGCUGUUAUACGCAAUGCGAAACAUCCAGAUACUUCCUUCGCUCUUCAUGCGCUCAUGGAAAUACCAGACCAAUAUAAAGUCAUACAGGAAUUGGGAUUGAUCAAAGCGAAAACCAAAGAUGAUUGAAAGGAAGAUGAAAGUAUUUUUUCAUCUUCAUUCAAUUCUCGUGGCUAUUUAUUUUGCGCUGUAUUUUACCUCAAGAAAAAAUUAGUUUUAUUUAUUUACACUUGCAACUUGUAAAAGCGUUUAAAUUACCCAAACACCAUUGCAAUCAUUAAUACACGGUCAUUUCCGUAUAGCUUUUUAAA